AUGGGUGAUACACCACCAGCUUCGGGAGUGUGGCCACGAGAUGCCGCCUCCUGGGCCUCGAUACCGACCGAAUUCCUCCUUGCCGAGCUCUCGAAACGACACGGCCAUGCAGGCGCCGACGCAGAUGCCGCCAACGCCAACGCCACCAAGCCCCAGUGCGGCUCCUCGCGAAAAGAAUCCUACGAUACGCCGUUGCACAUUGGCGCGCUGAUUCUGAUAUUGGCUUUGAGUACAAUCGCUUGCGGCAUCCCCCUGCUCCCUCGAAGGACUUCCAAGGGCCGACCCCAGAGCAUCAUCCUCUUCUACUGCCAACACUUCGGCACCGGCGUCCUUCUCGCGACGUCCUUCGUCCAUCUUCUUCCGACGGCCUUCACCUCUCUCACUGAUCCAUGUCUCCCCUCCGUCUUCAACAGAGGCUACCCCCAGAUGGCCGGCUUGGUCGCCAUGGUCGCCGCCCUGUCCGUCGUCGCACUCGAGUCCUACCUGGCAACCCGGGGUGCCGGCCACUCCCACUCGCAUUCGCACGAGUACGAAUACUGGGACGAGGAGGACAACACGCAGCACUCCCCCGAACUAGACACCCACGCGGCGGGGAGCAUGGCCUCGCACAGGCACGGCUCCCACCGGCCCGAAGACAUCAAUCUCGAUAACAUGGAGUCCACCCAGAGCCUGAUGGCCGGCGCCUCGCCCCUGCCCAGCUCGACGCCGACGCAAGCCAAGGCCACUCACGGUCUCGCAAACGACCGCGACAGCUUCGACGACGACGACGACGACGACGACGACGACGACAUCGACCUCGACGUCAAUGAACUGGACCCCGUUGUCGCCGACGGACCCCGCCGACGAAGCUCGCCCGGCGGCCGACCCAAGAUCGUCGUGACGCCGGGCGCGGGGGCGGGCGCGGGCGCGCCUCAGGUCGUUACGGAAGAGGAGCAGGCCAAGCUUCUCCGCCAGUGCCUCCUCCUCGAGGGCGGCAUCCUCUUCCACAGCGUCUUUAUCGGCAUGGCCAUCUCGGUCGCUACGGGCCCGACUUUUAUCGUCUUCCUCAUCGCCAUUAGCUUCCACCAGACGUUCGAGGGGCUCGCCCUCGGCAGCCGCAUUGCCGCCAUCCAGCUACCCCGGUCGUCGGUUCGCCCCUGGCUCAUGGUCCUCGCGUUCGGCGGCACGACGCCGCUCGGCCAGCUCAUCGGCCUGAUCGUGCAUAACCUUUACGACCCCAUGAGCCAGACGGGGCUGCUGAUGGUGGGGUUCAUGAACUCCAUCUCGGCGGGUUUGCUCCUCUUCGCGGGGCUGGUCCAGCUGCUGGCGGAGGAUUUCCUCUCGGAAAAAAGCUACAAGAUUCUUGUGGGCAGAAAGCGGCUCAAGGCCUACCUGGCGGUCGUUGGCGGAGCGUCGCUCAUGGCGCUGGUAGGGGCGUUUGCUUAG